AUGGGACAGAAACAAUUUAAAGACUUUGUACAGCAAAGGUGGACUGGACCACUUCAACAGCAACCAAAUAACGAGCAAGGGGAGACCAAGGUUCAAUUUACGGAUACAAUGCACAAGAACAAUGCUAUUACUUUCGAUUCGUUGUAUCAAGUCGCCGAAGGGGGCAAAAAGAAAGAAAAGAACACGAUGUUACGGGCUGACAGGAGUGUUUUACAGCGUCUUAUCGUUGCUUACGGAGCUGGUCGAGAAGUAGAUUUACAUAAUGUUUUGUCGCAUCAGCUAAUGUCCGUACCCAUAUCAUUAGCGGAAACGAAUGGUAAACUUAGAACUGGCCAGAAAGCAGCGCUGGCUGAUGUUCUCACCAGGGGAAUUGAAUGUCCGAGUGCUAUAGAUUUGCAAGGAAGUGGAUGUUUACUGAUUGACGGCAUGACCUUCGGAGCCUAUGAAGAUAGAUUCGAAGAUGCCGUAUUGGUAGCAGGUUCGCGGUAUUAGCAAAUUCACGUACUAUUCGACAGGAACGAGACGAGUUCAAUCAAAGCAGGCACGAGAGAACACCGUACCGGGACUAUUCACCCCGUUCGUCGUGUAAUUGAGAACAAGAAUGUUCCACUUCCGAACAGCUGGUCAAAUUUCUUAGCUUUACCGGAAAACAAGGCAAACUUUGCCAAAUUUCUGUCCGAACAUUUAAUUGCAAAUGCACCUCAAGAGAAAGUCAUUGUUGUUGCAGGUGGAUUUUCCUACGGAAAAGAAGCGUAAUCGUCAAGCCAAUUGGUUGAUCCUUCUCUUUUGUGCGCAGAUCACGAAGAAGCUGAUACAAGAUUGGUUGUACAUGCUAUCGUCAACAGUUGUGACACGGUUGUUAUGUCUGCCAGAAAUACUGACGUACUGUUACUUCUUGUGGCGCAUUUACCAAGUAUGCCUUCUCCAAAUGUGUGGAUGAUGGCAGGAACAGCGGCCAGGCGCAAGUUCUUUAACAUCAGGGCGAUAAGCGAGAAUCUUCCCGCGGGAUCGCUAUCAGCGCUCCUCCCUUUCCAUGCGCUGGCUGGUUGUGACACAACGUCAUAUAUCUCCAACCACUCCAAAUUGUCAGCGUGGAAGACAUUUCAAGACAAACAUUAGCUUCUAGCAUCGCUAGAUGCAUUUUGCAACGUUAUAUAGACAUUUAAUGAUAAUGAGCAUUUAUUGAAUUUUUUGAGCAUUUUUUGCCAACAUAAAGGUGAAAGAUAUUUGUGAUUGAAAAUGGCUUAAACAUGCUAUAAUUGGAUGAGUAACAAAUCUAAAAUAUUUAUUUCUCUUGAAUCUAAAUGUGCUGUGACUUCACAUGUAGACGAAAGUUGUGACGUCAUUUUCGACUACUUAAAGGGGCAAUGUCACCGAUUUUUGGGCAAUUCCAACCCUCGCAAAUUUUGCCCAAAACUGAAAAAGAAUGAGUGUAAGCACAAAAUAAAGCAAUAACAGACACAAAAAACAUGUACAGAAGUCUGGAUGGGCAAGAUUACGCCAGGAUUGAGAUGGAUUGUGAAUGGCAUCUUGAUUAAUUGUUGGCAGACACUUUUUCAAGUUUUAGUCAAUUUUUAUGAAAAUGUCAUAUUACAUGUUUCGUGGAAGUUCAAAGUUGUUUAAUAUGACUCGUAUAUCAUAACUUCAUCCAUUUACAAUGUUUAUUUUUAACUUUGUAGUUCAGUGUUUGAAUAAACGGUAUUUUAGGUCAAAAAUCGGUGACAUUGCCCCUUUAACUGCAGAUUGAGAUCUGGCGACCAUCAUUUUCGAAUUCAGCGUGUUAAAUAACAUUAGAAAACUACGAUCGCCAACUUUUACUAAGAAAUGCCUCUUGAUGUACGAUUUACCGAAAUUUCGUCUAGUCUAGAAAAGUUUAUUUAUAAAUAGUAAAUACACAGCUGCUUACAUAAUAAAUCAUUAAAGAAGUAAACCGCUGAAACAGAAAGCGCGGGCAAGUUUCUUAAUAACUGAUCUCAAUGGUUGUAGUGGGGUUAAGUGGAUAGUGGAAAUGUGGAACUGCCAGCAAUAAAGCCAAUAAUAGAUUGAUUUAGAAACACCACGCGAAAUUCAAGGCACCGCUUUUGAAGCAAAGAAAUUCUUCAAACAAAACAAUAAGUUUGAAUAUAAAUUUGUGGUUCCAGGGGUAUCCUGAACGACGUUGUCAUUCUGAAUAAACUUUCACGGAUGAAUUUUUAAAAGGGCCCUGCAUUAGGCAAUAUCAUAACAGAACAGUAGUCUCUCUUGCAGACGUUCUUAUAGCUAGUCUAACCCUCGCUAAAGGCUGCUCUCCAAUCACGCGUUUUUCAUACGUGCCGUAUACGCACAGAAAUGUUUAAAUCUUUUUAAGUUUAACACUAUUAGUCCAGCGGUAUGCACAGAUAUUUGAGAAAAUCAUGCACUUUGUGAAGAAAGCACCAAAUUCACAGGAAGUGUAGACUUUAACAUGAUAAUGAAUCUUAGAUAUGGAGGCAUCACCAAAAUUGAUGCUCACGGCUUAAAAUUUAGGCCUUCUUAUACUCUUAUUAAUCUCUUAUACAAUUAAAAAUUGUGAAAUUCUAGGUUCACAUAUAGCAAAAAUGACAUGCAUCAUUAGAAAGCUUACAAAAAACUGCAUAUAAGACAUUUAAGCAGUUACUUUGAUCUUCCAACUCCUCUGGAGUUAUGAGCGGUUGAAAAUAUGUUUUAGGGCUAGUGUUCGGGACUUUGGCGGGAUUUUUGCCUAUUUAUCACGUUUUUAAAUAGCAAUAACUGGAAAAACCGCUUGGAAAAUCAAUCAGCCGUUUAAAAGUCUUAUAUGUAGUUUUUUGUAAGCUUUCUAAUCAUGCAAGUCAUUUUUGCUAUAUGUGAACCUGUAAUUUCACAAUUUUAAACAGUAAAUAGAGUUUAAUAAGAGAAUAUAAGAAAUCCUAAAUUUUAAGCCGUCAGCAUCAAUUUUGGUGAUGCCUCCAUAUCUAAGAUUCAUUAUCAUGUUAAAGUCUACACUUCCUGUGAAUUGGGUGCUUUCUUCACAAAGUGCAUGAUUUUUUACUUUUCCGCUGGGCUAUAUUUCUUCCGCCCCUAAAUCACUUUCCGAAAUACAGUAUAGAAGGUUCGCUGUGAUCGGAGGGAAUGGAAUGUGCAGCUCGUUUCAGCAGACGCCUAGUUAGCGAGGGUUAGAGCUACAAGAACGUCUGCGAGGGAGACUAUCAUAUAACAGCUGCUCUUGAUAGCUAUGCACGCACGCCUUCUUAAAUAACACUUUUAAAAUAACUUGAAAUCUUGAAUAAAGUGAAAAACCCAGCAGGCGAACUGUGAGUUACAAUUUGUAACACUCAUAGCCACAAAAGUGCAAUUGUAAAGUUUUAUAAUUAUGCUCGAGAAGUCGGAAAUUAUGCUUGUUCGCUGUAUCUCAUAAUUUAGUACUCUGCAGCACAAUGACUGUUGUAAGAAGGAAAAUUGCUUAGAAUACUUUAAUAUAGACAACUUGCAUGUUAGACUAAUUUUUGAUUUAGGAAAAAAAAAGUAAAUUCCCGUAAAGAACUUAUUAAGAUUAGUAAAAUUGCAAAAUUUGGUUACGAAAUGUUGUAAAAUACAGAAAAAUUAGCCUUGCGAAGUUUGCAUAUUUUCAGUAUGUUUGUAUUACGUUCGGAAAUUGUUACCAUUUUUGAGCCGAAAAUGGUAACAAUUUCCGUACGUAAUACAAAUAUACUGAAAAUAUGCAAACUUCGCAAGGCUAUAUUUUCUGUAUUUUACAACAAUUCGCAACCAAAUUUCGCAAUUUUACUAAUUUCAUUAGGCCUAUGUUCUUUUUAACUGUUGUGUUUGAUUCCCUUCUCUUUACUUAGAUUAAAAUUUAGUCUAACAUGCAAGUUGUCCAAUGCUUGAAACUUAUCUUUAAAGGUGAUCGGCUACAGUCCGAUCUGCGCAUGUGCACAAAUGAGCCCACUUUUUAUGAUACAAACAGUUUAACUAUGUUUUGAGUUCUUGAAAAGCCUGAUUGUUGUUUCUUGAUCAUUUAUUAUACUCUAGAAGCUUGUAAAUAUAAAUAGUUGUCGAAUAAACUCAAUAAAAAACAAAAACUUGAUACGAACGAACAGACUGACAUAGCGUACCUCGACCUCGCGAAAGCCUUUGAUUCCGUAGAUCACUCCAUUCUCCUUUAAAAACUCAAAUGCUACGGUGUAACAGGAAGGCUGUUAAAUUGGUUUGCUGAUUACCUCAACAAUCGUCGUCAGAGAGUCGUAAUGGACGGUGCUACAUCGCAAUGGACCCCAGUUACAUCCGGAGUGCCGCAAGGUAGUAUCCUGGGUUCAAUGUUGUCCAAUGUUGCUCCUGAUGUCAACAACAAAGCAAUUCCAGCACUAUUUGCAGACGAUACUAAGCUCUACAAGAACAUAACAUCAGUGAAUGACGCAACCAGUUGCAAGAAACUUUAA